CGUCUGUAUACGUAGCUGAAAGGCUCCCGUUUAUAAAUUUAUAUAAUUCGACACAGAACAAAAGUUCCAUUAGACGUCUAUUGUUAGUCAAUAGCUUCAUGCGAUAUAUCUAAUAGACGUCUAAUAGAAUUUCUGUUCUGUGUGGAUUAUAUCGUUAUAUAUGUUGUGAGAAUUGUGCUGUUCGAACAAAAAGUGGAAGUACCGUAAAUGAAAUACGAAGAUGUUUGCGUACCUUCCUGACGCUGAUAUCGCUGCGCAUACACAGAGAAAAGUGUCGCAACUCUGUAUAUCCACCACAUUCUACUUGGUAACAAGAUUGUGACAGCGUACAUUUAUGUACUGAUAGCUACAUAAGAAACUUAAGUGUUUAACGCAAAAUACGCAAUUAAGAAAAUAAUGGAGAUUGAAAUUGUAUCAGCAAAAAGCUCGAAGCCAUUAGCUAAUAUAAAUGUACAUCCAACUAUUACAAUAGGAGAAAUAAAACAACAAUUGCAUAAAUUAAAAGUGGCGCCUUAUGUUCAAAGACAGAGUUUAAGAUUGGAAGCUAAAGGAAAAGCACUGUCUGAUUCAGAAACAAUUAAAUCUUUGUCACUGAAAGGAGGUGAAAAAUUAUAUUACAAAGAUCUUGGCCCUCAGAUCGGAUGGAAAACAGUAUUUCUGAUAGAAUAUGCAGGACCCUUGGCAGUAUAUCUGUGGUUGUAUCAACGACCGUGGUUCUUUUACGGAAAUGUUAAUACCAACAAUUUUCACUACGUAGCUAACUGGGCAGCAAUAAGUUGGACAAUACAUUAUGCAAAACGUCUUCUAGAAACUCUAUUUGUUCACCGUUUCAGUCAUGCAACAAUGCCAUUGCGUAACUUAUUUAAAAAUUGCUCAUAUUAUUGGCUCUUUACUAUGUAUGUAGCAUAUCAUAUAAAUCAUCCAUUAUAUACAGCUCCUAAUCCACUCCAGUUUUACAUUGGAGCAAUGAUAUUUGUGUUUUGCGAGCUGGGUAAUCUCAGUAUUCAUUUAGCGCUCAGAAAUUUGAGACCGGCAGGCACUACAGUCAGGAAAGUUCCUAUGCCAACUGGUAAUCUUUUUACUGCUCUUUUCAAUUUUGUCUCUUGUCCCAAUUAUACGUACGAAGUAGGCAGUUGGAUUGGAUUCACUGUAAUGACUUCAUGUUUGCCAGCUGGUCUCUUUACGUUUGCCGGUGCAUAUCAAAUGACCGUGUGGGCAUUGACUAAACACAAGGCAUACAAGAAAGAAUUCUCGCACUAUCCAAAAAAUCGAAAAGCCAUUAUUCCGUUUAUUAUUUAAAUAAUAUAUAUAUAUGUGUGUGUGUACGUGUGCAAGGAUAUGUACAAUAUUUUUCCAACUACU